GCCCCGGCUCGCGCCUACCUAGCGGCCCGGGACGGCCACCCUCCGAAGCUCCACCUCGUGAGUCCUGCUCCACCGGCCGCCCGCCCGGCCGGUGGGCGCGGGGCCGCCUCGACUGGCUAGUGGCAGUUUCUCGGCGACCUUGAACCUAGAGCCCGAGCGGGGAACCCGCUGACCCCAACAGCGGCGCAGACUUUGCCCAGCGCGAGGGGCGGAGCGGACCGAGUGUCCACAGACAGACCGGGACGAUGUUAGCCUUUGCUGCCAAGACUGUGGUAAAGCCCCUGGGCCUCCUCAAGCCUUCCUCCCUGAUGAGGGUUUCUGGUCGCUUCAAGGCCCACCAAGAUGCAUUGCCCAGGCUGCCUGUGCCCCCACUCCGGCAGUCCCUAGACCAUUACCUGAAGGCCCUGCAGCCCAUCGUGAGUGAGGAAGAGUGGGCCCACACCAAGCAACUGGUGGAUGAGUUUCAAGCCUCAGGGGGUGUAGGGGAGCGCCUGCAGAAGGGACUGGAGCGCAGGGCCAAGAAAAUGGAGAACUGGCUGUCUGAGUGGUGGCUCAAGACAGCCUAUCUCCAGUUCCGGCAGCCUGUGGUCAUCUGCUCCAGCCCAGGAGUGAUGCUGCCCAAGCCGGACUUUGUGGAUCUGCAAGGCCAGCUCCGGUUUGCUGCUAAACUCAUCGAGGGUGUGUUGGAUUUCAAGUCCAUGAUUGACAAUGAGGCCCUGCCAGUUGAGUUCCUUGGGGGAAACCCACUGUGUAUGAACCAGUACUAUCAGAUCCUGUCUUCUUGCCGUGUGCCGGGCCUCAAGCAAGACUCAGUGGUGAACUUCUUAAAGACAAAGAAGCCUCCCAUGCACAUAACUGUGGUACAUAACUACCAGUUCUUCGAGCUGGAUGUGUACCACAGUGACGGGACACCCCUGACCUCGGAUCAGAUCUUUGUGCAGCUGGAGAAAAUCUGGAACUCCUCACUACAAACCAACAAAGAGCCUGUUGGCAUCCUAACCUCCAACCACCGCAACACCUGGGCCAAGGCCUACAAUACCCUCAUCAAAGACAAAGUGAACCGGGAGUCGGUGAGCUCCAUUCAGAAGAGCAUCUUCACCGUGUGCUUGGACAAGCCAGUGCCCAGAGUCUCGAACAAUGUCUACCGCAACCAUGUAGCAGGCCAGAUGCUGCAUGGGGGUGGCAGCAAGCUCAACAGUGGCAACCGCUGGUUCGACAAGACACUGCAGUUCAUUGUGGCAGAAGAUGGCUCCUGUGGACUGGUUUAUGAGCAUGCGGCUGCAGAAGGGCCCCCCAUUGUUGCUCUUGUGGACCAUGUCAUUGAGUACACAAAAAAACCUGAGCUUGUGCGGUCUCCUAUGGUGCCCCUACCCAUGCCCAAGAAGCUGCGCUUCAACAUCACACCGGAGAUCAAGAAUGACAUUGAGAAAGCCAAACAGAACAUCAGCAUCAUGAUCCAGGACCUGGACAUCAUGAUGCUGGUAUUCCAUCACUUUGGAAAGGACUUCCCCAAGUCAGAGAAGCUAAGCCCUGAUGCCUUCAUCCAGAUAGCCCUGCAGCUGGCAUACUACAGGAUCUACGGGCAGGCUUGUGCUACAUAUGAAAGUGCCUCUCUGCGGAUGUUUCACCUGGGCCGCACUGACACCAUCCGCUCAGCCUCCAUAGACUCCCUGGCUUUUGUCAAAGGCAUGGAUGACUCCAAUGUGCCGGAGCACCAGAAGGUGGAGCUGCUCCGGAAGGCUGUGCAGGCCCACCGAGCCUACACUGACCGCGCCAUCCGAGGGGAGGGCUUUGACCGGCACCUGCUGGGUCUGAAGCUGCAAGCCAUUGAGGACCUGGUGAGCAUGCCUGACAUCUUCAUGGACACCUCCUACGCCAUUGCUAUGCACUUCAACCUCUCUACCAGCCAGGUCCCUGCCAAGACAGACUGUGUCAUGUUCUUCGGACCCGUGGUCCCAGAUGGUUAUGGCAUCUGCUACAACCCCAUGGAGGCCCACAUCAACUUUUCCGUGUCAGCCUACAACAGCUGUGCUGAGACAAACGCCGCCCGCAUGGCCCACUACUUGGAGAAAGCUUUGCUGGACAUGCGCACCCUACUGCAGAACCACCCCAGGGCCAAACUCUAAGCCCAGGCCCAGGCCUGCCAGUGCCACAGCCAAGCCUAGUUUGGGAUGGACCCCUGCCAUGGCUCACUUCCUUGGUUUCUGUGCCCUCCAAUUUGACUGAGCCACGGAAGCGUUGUCUAGCAGGACCCCUCUAAGCCAAGUGCUUUCCAGGCCCUGCCUUCAGCACCUGCCAUAGUCCAAGUACAGGGCAGAGUUCAGAGGCUGAACAAGACCAAGGCCCAGAUCCCCCAACAUGAUCCACUGUCAUGAACCCUGGGACAGGAACCAGCCCAGCCCAGUCCAGUCCACCCCAUAGCAAGGGCUGGGAGAAAUUCCUUUCUUCAACCCUGGCCAAUCUCUAGCAUCUCCAUAGCCAAGCCAAAAUCUGUCUUCAUCAACACCCAAGGACCAGGAGUCAAAGUAUUAUCCAGCGCUGAAAGACAAAGUCUUUGUGGCCAAAGGGACACCUGAGGCCUAGCCUCCACUACCCCACCACAAGGUGCCAUCUCCUUGCUGCCACACUUUCUGGCAACUCUUGAGCCCCAGCCUUCUGGUUUCCAUUCAGCUUGAUUCUUGAACUACAUUCAUGGUUGCAGUGAUUAUGCCAGGGGAUCAAUAAAGGGAAGAAGUGCUGGUGAA